ACCAGCAGUCCGUCCACACUGAUCCGUCCAGACGUCGUCCUCUUCUUCUUCCAGACCUGGGUCGUGUCCGCUCCCGUGUCCCCCCCUCGAUGCCAAAGCUCUUCAUUCCGUCCUCCGUCGUCGUCCAGACCAAGUUCCCUCCAGAAAUCACCGUGACUCCGCCCACUCCCACCAUGCUGUCGCCCAAGGGCAGCGUCUCAGAGGAGACCAAGCAGAGACUGAAGGUCUGCCUUAAAAGCAGCAGCACUCGCACUCGCACUCACACUCGCACUCACCCGCUGAUCCACCGUGUCCCCAGCACCUCUGGAUACUGCAGGGCAGCAGCGGGGGGCGGGGGAGCGGGUGAUCCUACUGACCCUCCUUCUUCGUCUCCUUCUCCUUCUUCUCGCCAGUGGAACAAGGACAAGUGGGAGGUGGCGGGGAAGGCCGAGCCGCAGCCUCCCUGCAGGACCUUCCUCCACUGCGACUCCCCCGCGCCGGGGAGCCACUGGAUGAAGCAGCCCGUCUCCUUCCUCAAGCUCAAGCUCACCAACAACACCCUGGACCAGCACGGACACAUCAUCCUGCACUCCAUGCAUCGGUACCACCCUCGGUUCCACAUCAUCCAGGCCGACGACCUGUUCAGCGUCCGCUGGAGCGUCUUCCAGACCUUCACCUUCCCCGAGACGUCGUUCACGGCCGUCACCGCCUACCAGAACACCAAGAUCACCAAGCUGAAAAUCGAUCACAACCCGUUCGCGAAAGGUUUCCGAGAAGAGGGGACCAGUAAGAAAAGACGCUCCACCAAGAGUCCGUGCCGCGCGGAGAAGCAGCAGAAGAUCUCCGACCACGACCUCAUGACCAGGGACUCCUCGGAGGAGGACGCUCCUCAAGAUUUCUGCUACUCCACGUACGACGGCUACGAAGGAGAGCGAGAGCUCCCCAAGAGGAAGGAGUCGGCGUUGGCGGCGGAGGAGGCGGCCAAGGAGAAGCGCUACUCCUCCUCGUGGAGCCCGGCUGCCUGUCAGCCCUACAGGUUCCACGACUGUGGGAAGUCUCCGUCUCCGUCCUCCAGCGUCUGCAGCAGUAAAAGUGGAUCAGAACGUAACAACAGCAACAACAACAACAGCUUCGAGUCCCGAGUCCCGGACGUGGCCACCGUUCCAGAUCAGGACUCGAUCAAACCCCGUCAACCCCACGACCUGGGCCUGACCCACGGCGCACCCCAGGACUACGGCAGCGUCCUCAACAUGAGCGGAAAACCCGGCGUCGUCGGACACCACAUCUACGCACCCUACGGCGCCGAGCAGCCGCUGGGCCAAUGGAGCGGCCAGCCUCCGGCCCAGUACCCGCACCAGCCGCCGCCCCACCACCAUCACCACCACCUGACGGCGGACUACGCCCCCCAGGCCGUGCACCACGGCUAUCACCACGGCAACGUGGCCGAGUGGAGCCAGUACCCGCUGUUCUCCUACUCCUGCUGGUGA